CAGCUUAGUUUUGGAAAGUCCUUUACCGACCAUAUGCUCUCAAUACAGUGGUCGGCGCUGACUGGCUGGGGUACCCCACGAAUACAUCCCUACCGUCCUCUCUCACUGGAACCGAGCUCAACAGUGUUACACUACGCGCCAACCCUCUUCGAAGGCAUGAAAGCCUACCGGAAUGGGACCGACCGCGUCUCGCUGUUCCGGCCUGAUAUGAACAUGAAGCGAAUGAACAAGAGCGCCUCUCGAGCCGCUUUACCCACCUUUAACGGGGGGGCUCUCGUAGAGCUCAUUAAGAAGCUUGUUGCUCUGGACGCUCAUUGGAUUCCUAAAGAACCAAAUCAUAGUUUAUACAUUCGACCAACUCUCAUUGGAACAACCCCCUUCCUGGGGGUUGCACCCUCUAGAGAUGCUCUCCUUUUCGUAAUAAUGUCCCCCGUUGGACCGUACUUUAAAAACGGCUUCAAGCCCGUUUCACUUUUGGCGACGACAAAGUACGUCCGUGCUUUCCCCGGGGGGACGGGCGCGUAUAAACUUGGCUCGAACUAUGCCGGUGGCCUCGUUCCCCAGGCUGCCGCGGCGAAAGAAGGAUUCGAUCAGAUAUUAUGGCUGUACAACAAGGAUGGAGAAGAUUAUGUGACCGAGGUCGGAGCGAUGAAUCUUCUCAUAGUCCUCAAGAGAAAGGACGGAGCAACCGAGCUCAUCACACCGCCAUUGGGUGAUAUGAUCCUGGCUGGUGUCACGCGGGAUUCUAUCAUCUCACUCGCCCAGGACCAUGCUUCGGGAAAGCUCAACAUCCCUGGGUUACCUAACGAUCUGAUCGUUACCGAGCGUCAGAUUACGAUGAAUGAGAUCGCCGAUGCCUCUAAUGAAGGACGUUUGCUAGAAGUUUUUGGUGCAGGAACGGCUGCGGUUGUUUGCCCCGUAGAACGCAUUGGAUACAAAGAGAAGAAUAUAACGGUUCCUACCGGCAAGGACGGACUUGGGCCGAUAACUAAAGCGAUGCUUGGGGAGAUUACUAAUCGUCAGGCUGGAAUUGUUCCAAGUGAAUGGAGCGUUGAGGUGCCACCAUUCGCCUGAUAUACAUGGUAUAACGUUAUAUGCAAGAUCUUAGGGGGAAUAUAUAUUCGGAAUAUAUGGACGGGACUGCCACCGUCUGAAAAAAAAACACGAGGGUGAAAAGUUUCGAAACCUAGUUGAUUGGUGUGUGGUAUAAUUAUCGCGACACGUCGCAAGUGACGCGCUACAUCGAUGCAUGUCGAGUGUCACCUUCGCUCGCACUCCGAAGCUGACUAAGAACUAGAUGAAGUGAUACCCAGCGCGUCCCACCCAAUACCACCACAAUCUCCAUCCGUGAAGAUGGUUGGGUAUUGAGCCAGAAAACCAUUCCUUAUCGCCAUCACGGGUAUCUUCGAGAGGUGUCCCCUUCUCGAAUGGCAUGUCAGCAUAAGGAACUACUCGUGUCUGGACAAUUAGCUUG